CAUAAAGCCGGUGCUGCUUGUUUCCUGAUGCUGCAGUAACGAAGCACAGCUGGGCCAGAACGGUACCGGGAAGACGCCACCGACAGACACACCCGUGACUCACCUGAACAGACAUGGAUGACGACAUCUCCGCCCUCGUGGUUGACAACGGUUCUGGUAUGUGCAAGGCCGGGUUUGCUGGAGACGAUGCUCCUCGUGCCGUCUUCCCCUCCAUCGUGGGCCGUCCCAGGCACCAGGGUGUGAUGGUGGGCAUGGGGCAGAAGGACAGCUACGUAGGAGACGAGGCCCAGAGUAAAAGAGGCAUCCUGACCCUGAAGUACCCCAUCGAGCACGGCAUCGUCACCAACUGGGAUGACAUGGAGAAGAUCUGGCAUCAUACCUUCUACAACGAGCUCCGUGUGGCUCCUGAGGAGCAUCCUGUCCUCCUGACAGAGGCUCCUCUCAACCCCAAAGCUAACCGGGAGAAGAUGACCCAGAUCAUGUUUGAGACCUUCAACACACCUGCCAUGUACGUGGCCAUCCAGGCUGUGCUAUCUCUGUAUGCUUCUGGACGAACCACAGGUAUCGUGAUGGACUCUGGAGAUGGUGUCAGCCAUACUGUCCCCAUCUACGAGGGCUACGCUCUGCCUCACGCCAUCCUCCGUCUGGACCUGGCUGGCAGGGACCUGACGGACUAUCUGAUGAAGAUCCUGACUGAGAGAGGCUACAGCUUCACCACCACUGCUGAGCGUGAGAUUGUCCGUGACAUCAAGGAGAAGCUCUGCUACGUGGCUCUAGACUUUGAGCAGGAGAUGCAGACCGCAGCCUCCUCUUCCUCCCUGGAGAAGAGCUACGAGCUUCCUGAUGGACAGGUCAUCACCAUCGGCAACGAGAGGUUCCGCUGCCCGGAGGCGCUCUUCCAGCCUUCCUUCAUCGGUAUGGAGUCUGCUGGGAUCCACGAGACCACCUACAACAGCAUCAUGAAGUGUGACGUGGACAUCCGUAAGGACCUGUACGCCAACACGGUUCUGUCCGGUGGAACCACCAUGUACCCUGGAAUCGCUGACCGCAUGCAGAAGGAGAUCACCGCCCUGGCCCCUCCCACCAUGAAGAUCAAGAUCAUUGCUCCCCCCGAGAGGAAGUACUCCGUCUGGAUCGGUGGCUCCAUCCUGGCCUCCCUCUCCACCUUCCAGCAGAUGUGGAUCAGCAAACAGGAGUACGACGAGUCCGGCCCCGCCAUCGUCCACCGCAAGUGCUUCUAAGCUGCCCCAUCCCCUCUGCCCCAGAGGAGUGUUGCUUCCUCUUGUGUGAACAGACUGAAACACUCGUCAUACAAGAUGAAUCUGCAAAAUUUGACCAACAUUUCGGGUCAGAAGAAUCCAGACCUGUGGUUCCAGAGGUGUUGUGCUCCUGGAUGGGUUCACUGAAACAUGUUAAACCUCCUAGCGGGAACAGGAAUGUUCUCUGGUGGUCUGAAAGUUGGUCACUGUUGCUCCUGAAGCAUGAAACCUGACCUUUGACCUAAAUAAACAUAUUUGUUUACACAAUGUA